AUGGACAUUCGGAAGUGGUUUCACACAGCCAAUGAACCUCACAAGAGGAAAAAAGACCAAGAUGAUGACAGUAGUGGAAGCAAUGAUGGCAAUGAAAAUAGAUCUAAAAGGCCCGAACUAUCUGGACCAAACACGCGUCCUGAGACAUCCAAAACAUUUUCUGGACAUGAUGGCUACCAUGAAAAUGAUAUUGGUAAUUAUAUUGGUCAGGCCACUAAGAUACAGCCAGAAAAGAAGAAGGAAUUACUAACCAAUCCUUGGGUUCCACCAUCAACUUACGAUUUUAGUUCUGAUGCCAGUCAUUUAAAAAGAAAAAUGAACCAUUCCUGGUUGGAUCAAUAUUCUCCUUGGUUGGUUUACUCAAGCAGUUUAAAAGGUGCUCUUUGCCUGCACUGUGUGUUGUUUCCUCCUGUUAGUGGUACAAUCAAAGGAGUUUUAGGAUCGUUUAUGGUAAGGCCAUAUGUAAAGUUUAAGGACAUUCAUGAAGAUUGUAAAAAACACGCCACCAGUCAAUACCACAAAACUUCAACUGCCGCUGCAAAAGCCUUCCUUGACAGUGUCCCUGUGGAUGUCCAGCUGCAAAGUGGUCACCAGAAGACUGUUGAAGAAAACAAGCAGAUAUUGUCAUCUAUUAUUUCGUGUAUUAUAUUUUGUGGAACACAUGAUUUGCCGCUUAGAGGGAAAAAGGAAGACGAGGGCGUGUUCUUUGAUCUAUUAAACUUGAGAAUUGACUCUGGUGAUGAAAAUCUGAAGACUCACCUGCAGAGAUGCCAAAAAAACGCAGUCUAUACUUCACCAAAAAUUCAAAAUGAGAUAAUAAGUUUAUGUGGUGAAGUAGUCAAAGAAAUGAUCAUUGAAGAUUGUAAAAAAGCAAAAGCUUACUCUGUAAUGGCAGAUGAAACCGCAGAUAUUGCUGGCAAAGAACAACUGUCUAUAGGCUUGCGGUUUUAUGACGAGGUUCAAGAAAAAAUCAGAGAGGAAUUUGUAGGCUAUGUUGAGUUGAAAUCUCAAGAUGCCGCUACAAUUGCUAGCACAAUUGACAGUUUUUUAGUUGAACAGAAUCUUUCCAUAGAGAACUGUGUUGGAUUUGGUUUUGAUGGCUGCUCCACGAUGGCUGGAAAAGAAGGUGGUGUGCAGGCUAUUCUUAAGAAGAAAUAUUUUAAAUCUUCCUUUUUCCAUUGCUCAAGCCACAGACUAAAUCUUGUUGUCAAUAAUGCUAGCAAACUACCUGAAAUAAGGAACGUGAUUGCUACACUUAAGGACGUAAUAACCUUCUUUAGAGAGUCACCAGCUCGCAGGAAUUCAGCUCCUAAUCUUUCAAGACUCUGUGAGACCAGAUGGUCCGAAAAAUACAAAAGUAUUAGAACAUUUUCAGACAACUACAAUGAAAUUGUGAAUGCAUUAGAACAGCUUUCGGUUGAAGGAAACUAUGCAACAAGAAAGUCUGCCUACCAGCUGCACUCGGCAGUUACUAAACCAUUUUUCAUUGUUGGUGUAGUCAUCAUUGCUAAGUAUUCAGCAAUUUUGGAACCGAUUGUCAAUGUGUUACAAGGUAAAAAUAUGGAUUUGAUUAUGGUGAGGAAUCAUAUUAGUCAAAUACUUGAUGUCAUCAAGAAGGACCGACAAGAAAUUGAUCAAGUUUCUCAAGAAUUGCUUGAAAAAUGUCAUGCAAUGGCAUCAACAGCCGGGGUUGAAUUAUCAGUGCCCCGGACUGUACAGAAACAAACACAAAGAAGUAAUCCACCAUCGGAGACUGGGGUUGAAUACUGGAGACGAUCGUUGAUGAUACCAUAUUUGGAUUCUCUUGCCAUAUCACUAAAUGUUAGAUUUUCUCAAGACAAUACACCAGCAUUUGCCUUGUCUUAUUUACAUCCUGCUUAA